AUGCCUCCUCGCACCAAUUCGACUCCUACCAAGAACCGUGGUCGUACUGCUGGCCGAAAGUCAAUCAAGUCUGAUAAGAUGGUCGCUGACUCUGAUGUUGAGAUGGAUGAGACCUCACCUUCAAAGCAGAAGAUAACUGCAGUAAAGUCAACUCCCAAAGCUGUAGUGCCUAUGCCUCGUAAUGUGAAGGCCAAAAACAUGGUGGACUAUAGUGAUGAGGAUACAGUAACAAGGGAGAAGGCAAUCACUAUCCCUCGCAAAGGUGGUAAGGAUAAGAAGACCAUAGACAACAGCGAUGAGGAUAUGGCAGUGAGUUCUCCUCAUAAAGCUGGUAAGUAUCAGAAGGUUGUCGAGAGCAGCGAUGAUGAUGAAACCAAUCUUGCUUCAUGUGUGUCCGGUCGUACCGCUGCCAAGAUGGCUAAUGCUAAGCUGAAGGACGUAUUCAUGGACAAUGACUCCGAUGUCGAGCAGUCUUUGGAGAGUGAUGCGGCUCUACCAAUCAAUGAACCCGAAAUCACGGAAACUCCCAAGAAGAAGGCGAAUAAGGCAUUUGUUCUUUUGCCGACUCCCAUUAGUCCUUCGCCCAACAAAGGAAAGGCGACUCGUACACCCACCAAGCGAGUUUAUACUUGUGGGGAGUGA